AUGAGGAGCAUGACACCUGAAAUCCGCGCCCUCGUCGACGACGCGUACAGGACAUUACCACCGGCGCCCACCACUUCUCGAGUGGGGUUGACGCGGUGUCGUGCUGAAGCGGGUGUAAACAUACGCGCUUAUCGAUACGUGCCCUGGCGCGAAUCGCAGAUCCCCGUAGACUUGAGGAUCUUCUGGCGGAUGCGGGACGGACCCCGCCCGACGUUUGCCACCGCAGAAGAGACAUGGAAGUUUGCCCAGCUUGCACGGCUCCAGAACGGAGCCUUCUGGGAAGCUUCGCGCUGGGCUCGGAGAGAACGGCAUUUGACGGGAGUGGGACGAUUCCAUGACUUGCGAUGCGUGAGGCGCGACGCGGCCCCGUUCUACAAGCGCUACAGGGCUUUGACUCACGCCUUGGAAGUUCUGGUUCUGAACGCCGUCGAGGUGGUGGCAGAUAGCGAGGAGGACGGUGUGGCGGAGAGCGAGGCGGAGAGCGAGGCGGAGGGCGAGGCGGAGAGCGAGGCGGAGAGCGAGGCGGAGAGUGAGGAGGAGAGCCAGGAAGCUAGUGAGGAGGAGAGCGGCGAGGAGAGCGAGGAGGAGAGCGGCGAGGAGAGCGGCGAGGAGAGCGCUGAAGAGGUCGGCGUUGACGAGGAUGAUGCGUAG